AUGGCCCCACGGGCGCCACCACCAACACCGGCAACGGGGUUCCCUCCAGCUGCGUCACGAUCGCCCAGUAGCGGCUCAUCCUCCAGUUCUUAUACCCCCGCCGACUUUUCCUACUUCUCACCAAACGCCCCUCUGACGAGCAGCGCACCAACAUCGCCGUACGCCUCCGCGCCGGACCACAACCGCCCGAUUAUCACUGCUUCUGUCACCUCUCGUCCAGGGAACACGAUGAACGCUGUAGCAGCGAGCCCACACAACCAUUACGCGAAUCGGUACCACACCCACCCUCCGCCUCCGCCUUCGGAUGUCCUGCAGCAGUUUGCAUUGCACAUCCCGCCUCCACCUCCUCUAUCUCUGUCCCUGUCCUCCAGGCAACACCACGUGUCGCCGUCUUCCUCGAACACGUCCUCGUCGAGUGCAUCGCCGGUAUCACCAAUGCGAGGCGGCGGGGCGUCCCAGCAGCCGGCGCCGACUCCGGAGAUGAAGAUCCAGAGCGAGCCGCACGUGCAUAUGCUGAGCGUGUUUCUGCCGCGGACUAUCUCGCCCGAGAUGGUCACGAUCUCUGCGAACAAGGGCGAUCGGUUGAGGGUAGUUGCAGAUGCAUGGCAUAUGGAGGAUGAAUGCCACUUCGAAUGGCAGAUCUCGUUCCCACCAUACGACGUCGACAUCGCGAAGGUGCAGGCCAAGUUUGACCCCGACGGGCGCCUGACGAUCGCUGUAACAAGGAGGCCGAAGGGUGCUGUGGCAAUGAUGGGGAUGGGGAUGGGGAGACGGUAG